AGGGCAGGGUCGAAACAAGCGAACAGCCUUGGAGCAGUAGUAGACCUCGUCUUUCUGAAAGAGAAAAUAAGGAAAGAAGAAUAAAUCUCGAUCUGGGUUUCCAAUUUGUUGGUGUUAACAGCCAUGGCGUCUGCAGGUUUGGUGAAGCUGAAGACCUCGUCUUCGCAGUGGAUCGGACAACAGCCCUUCAACCACCGCCCUGGACCAUCCCUUCUCUCGGCUCCCCGCCGAGUUGCUCUCCCGAUCCGAGCCGGUGCUUACACCGACGAACUCGUUCAAACCGCUAAAUCUAUUGCAUCUCCUGGAUGUGGUAUCCUUGCCAUUGAUGAAUCAAAUGCAACUUGUGGGAAAAGGCUAGCAUCAAUAGGCUUGGACAACACAGAAUCCAAUCGACAGGCUUAUAGACAGCUUUUGCUAACCACUCCUGGCCUGGGUGAAUAUAUCUCUGGUGCUAUUCUUUUUGAGGAAACACUCUACCAAUCAACAACAGAUGGAAAGAAGUUUGUGGAUUGUUUGCGUGAGGAAAAAAUUGUGCCUGGCAUUAAAGUUGAUAAGGGUUUGGUUCCACUACCAGGAUCAAACAACGAAUCUUGGUGCCAAGGAUUAGAUGGAUUGGCUUCAAGAUCUGCUGAAUACUACAAGCAAGGUGCUCGUUUUGCAAAAUGGCGGACAGUGGUUAGCAUUCCUUGUGGCCCUUCUUCUUUAGCUGUGAAAGAAGCAGCAUGGGGACUUGCACGCUAUGCUGCUAUUUCUCAGGACAAUGGUCUUGUUCCAAUAGUGGAACCUGAGAUUCUCCUUGAUGGUGACCACUCAAUUGAGAGGACACUGGAGGUGGCAGAGUAUGUAUGGUCAGAGGUCUUCUACUACCUAACACAAAACAACGUAGUGUUUGAAGGAAUCCUGCUGAAGCCCAGCAUGGUAACCCCUGGUGCCGAGCAUAAGGAAAAGGCUUCUCCAGAGACCAUUGCUGAAUAUACACUCAAAAUGCUCAAGAGAAGAGUACCUCCUGCAGUUCCUGGUAUCAUGUUCUUGUCAGGAGGACAAUCUGAAGUCGAAGCAACAUUGAAUCUGAACGCAAUGAACCAAAGCCCGAACCCAUGGCACGUUUCAUUCUCAUACGCACGUGCACUGCAGAACAGUGUGCUGAAGACAUGGAAAGGACGUCCAGAGAACGUAGAAGCUGCGCAGAAGGCCCUCUUGGUGCGUGCCAGAGCAAAUUCUGUUGCUCAACUUGGAAAAUACACUGGCGAAGACGAGAGUGACGAGGCCAAGAAAGGAAUGUUUGUCAAAGGCUACACUUACUGAUUCAGGGUUGAUAUUACAAGUCAUGUCUUAGUGGCUAUGAAUGCUUAGAGGAUUCACAAGGCUGUUUCUUUCUUUUCUUUUCCUUUUAUUUAUUUGCCCGCCAUGUUGAAUUAGUCGAAUAAUCACCAGUGAGAAUCAUAAGAACCCUUCUUUCAGAUUUAACGGAGGACUUCUCAUUAGUUGUGUAAGGAUGUGAAUGGAGGCUGUUCCAAAGGGGUGAUCGAGUAACUUGUCCAGCUGUCCCAAAGAAUGUAUACUUUGAACCCGAUAUUCAACAUUUCAACGUAAUCUAUUUUAGACAGGGUUUUUUAUUGUCCAA